GAGAGGAGCCAGUUGAGGUGGCUCAGGCAUUUGGUCAGGAUGCCUCCUGGAGUCUCCCUGGUGAGGUUUUCCGGGCACGUCCAACCAGGAGGAGACCAAAAGUUAGACCCAGGACACGGUGGAGGGACUAUGUCUCCACCUGGCCAGGGAACGCCUUGGGAUUUCCCCGGAGGAGCUGGCCCAAGUGGCUGGGGAGAGGGAAGUCUGGGCCUCUCAACUUAGGCUACUGCCCCCGUGACCCGACUCCGGAUAAGCGGAUGAAAAUGGAUGGAUGGAUGGAUGGUUGGAUGGGUGGAUGGUUGGAUGGAUAUUUGUGAUGACUUGUUUGCCUUUUUAAACUGAACCACGAAUGUUGUCACCGCCUAUUGUAACUUCAACUAGUUAGUUACCUUAAGGAAAAGUUAAAGUGGGUUAAAAAGCUGAAUUAAACUACCAGUAGCUUCUGUGUAACAUUAUUAUAACAUAAUUCACCAAUUCUGUUUGUUACUUCUAUGGACAGGAUUUCUAGACACAGCCUUUUGGUGGCCUGAGGAUCGGGUCUCUGCUUUUUGCAGAUGAUGUGGUCCUGAAGGCUUCAUCAUAACGUGAUCUCCGGCUCUCACUGGAGCCGUUCACAGCUGAGUUGGGAUGAGAAUCAGCUCCUCUAAAUCCGAGACCAUGGUCUUGAUUCGGAAAAGGGUAGAAUGCCUUCUCCGGGUCAGGGAUGAGGUCCUGCCCCAAGUGGAGGAGUUUAAGUAUCUCGGGGUCUUGUUCACGAGUGAGGGAAAGCUAGAGCACGAAAUCGAUAGGCGGGUCGGUGCUGCGUCUGCAGUGAUGCGGGCGUUGUACCGGUCUGUCGUGGUGAAGAGAGAGCUGAGCCAGAAGGUGAAGCUCUCGAUUUACCAGUGGAUCUACGUUCCUACCCUCACCUAUGGUCAUGAGCUUUGAGUAGUAAGCUCGGUCAUCCGGGAGGGGCUCGGAGUAGAUCUGCUUCUCCUCCACAUUUAGACAAGCCAGUUGGCCAGAUGGCUCUGGCAUCUGGUUAGGAUGUCUCCUGGACGCCACCUGUUGAGGUUUUCCAGGCACGUCCAACCAGGAGGAGACAUAAAGGUGGACCCAGGACGCGGUGGAGGGACUAUGUCUCUCACCUGGCCAGGGAACGCCUUGGGAUUCCCCCGGAGGAGCCGGCCCAAGUGGCUGGGGAGGGGGAAGUCCGGGCCUCCAUGCUUAGGCUGCUGCCCCACGACCUGACUCCGGAUACGUGGAUCAAAAUUGAUGGAUGGUAAUAAAUGUUUAGAAAUAUAAAAAAUAAUAGUAGAACAACAGAUUUUAGCUCCUAAUUUUGAUGUAACUGUCGUUCAUGUUUCUUAUUAAUUACUGGCUACUGGUUACCUACCAUAAUAAAUGUGGCUCCAGGCACCAGUGUGCCUUAUUUAAAACAGUGACUAAUUAUGUGCGGCUAAUGCCGGACAUCUCUGUUAAAAAUCCACAGUGACCCACUAUUUUCUUCUUCUCUUUCCACUCUCCUCUCACUCAUUUGACACAUUUCCUCACAUCUUCAGCCACGUAGACGUUUUUCGGGAUUUCUGACUCUCGGAUCCAUGUUUGUGUGCUUGUGAAGGAUGACCCUCUGAUAUUUUCUUCUGUUUUCAGUGAACAGCCGUCUGAAGAAGGAGGCCUGGAAGAACCUCCAGAUAUUUGCAACAUCAAGCCUCCUCAGCAAGAGCAGAACUUGUCUGCAGCCCUACCUGGGAUUCUGAAGAGGACCCAGGAAAGAGAGCGCGCUGCCAGCAACUGCCUGGCUGCCCAUCUCCGCCACAAUGACUGAGAGUCGAAGGGAAGCGCUGGCGGCGGCGGCCCCCGCGCCCACCACUGCCUCCUCCUCCACGGCUGGCUCCAACACCACCAGCAUGGCUGGAGCGGGCACGGGCGAGAAGGACGAAGCCUUCUCCAAGCUGAAGAACAAGUUCAUGAAUGAGCUGAACAAAAUCCCACUGCCAUCAUGGGCCAUCGUCUCGAUUGCCUUCGUGGCCAUCAUCCUGGUGUUAGCUUGCUGCUUCUGCAUCUGCAAAAAGUGGAUUUUCAAAAAGAAAAACAAAAAGAAGGGCAAAGAUAAGGGCAAAAAUGCCAUCAACAUGAAGGACGUGAUGGACGGAACCAAAACUGAGGCCUUGAAGGAUGAGGAGGAUGCGGAAACAGGGCUGACUGAAACGCAGAAAGAGGCGGAGCCAAAGGAGGACCAGAAACUGGGCAAAUUACAGUACUCCCUGGAUUACAAUUUCACAGAGAAUACGCUCAUAGUGGGGAUCAUUCAGGCUGCCGAGCUGCCUGCGAUGGACAUGGGAGGCACAUCCGACCCCUACGUGAAGGUCUACCUUCUGCCUGACAAGAAGAAGAAGUUUGAGACCAAGGUUCACAGGAAGACCCUCAACCCCGUCUUCAACGAGCAGUUCACCUUCAAGGUGCCCUACGUAGAGCUUGGGGGGAAGACUCUCGUCAUGACGGUGUACGACUUUGACCGUUUCUCCAAACACGACGCCAUUGGUGACAUCAAGGUGCCCAUGAACAAGGUGGACUUCAGCCACAUAACAGAGGAGUGGAGGGAUCUACAGAGUGCCGAGAAGGAGGAGCAAGAGAAACUGGGCGAUAUCUGCUUCUCUCUGCGAUACGUUCCCACUGCUGGCAAGCUGACCGUGGUCGUCCUCGAGGCCAAAAACCUGAAGAAAAUGGACGUGGGUGGCUUGUCAGAUCCAUAUGUGAAGAUCCACCUCAUGCAAAACGGCAAGAGGUUGAAGAAGAAGAAAACGACAAUCAAGAAGAACACCCUCAAUCCUUACUACAAUGAAUCCUUUAGCUUUGAAGUCCCAUUUGAACAAAUCCAGAAAGUGCAAGUUGUUAUAACCGUUCUGGACUAUGACAAGAUCGGCAAGAACGAUGCCAUCGGCAAGGUCUUUGUGGGCCUGAACAGCUCGGGCACGGAGCUGCGCCACUGGUCCGACAUGCUGGCCAACCCCCGGAGACCCAUCGCCCAGUGGCACGUGCUGAAACCUGAGGAGGAGGUGGACGCUCAGCUCGCCACCAAGAAAUAGACAGGGCCCCUUUCAGCUCCUGCCUUGUAGUACUCUUUAGCCAGUAUGUGUAAAUACCUCAGUGAUAAAUGGGUCCAUCCACGUAACCCCACCUUCACACCUUCAAGCCCCCUGGUUUCACUCGGUAUUUGUCCCAACAUCCAGCGACAUCCUGCUUUCUUUUUCAUCGAUCAGUUGUUUUUAUUUUGUUUGGCGUUUCUCUCUGAUUUAGCGGUUGUUGACCUCCGACCCCGAGCCCUUCACCCCCACGACCAAAAGCCCCCCCCCCUUCUUUUAAGCAAUAUGAUCUGUAUAGAUAGCGCAUGACUGAAAUAAUUUAUUGUACCACAGUUGUAUAUAUAAGUAUGCAGACAAAAAUGAUUUCUAGUUUAUGUGUUUGUAUGUUGUUACCCGUUUCCUAAUCUGUGUAUAUCUCGAUGUUUUUAAUAAGAUGUUCUAUUUUAAAUUAUGUAAAUUCAGAUAUAGAGGAAAGCCAAUAUUAUAUAUCCCAGGAUUUAAAAAUUCUACCUUAAUUACCUUACUGCAUUCCAGAAAAAGGGUUAUUUCCAACCUGCCAGUGGGAACAUGUUCACGUCGUAAAGGACGACGUCUGGCUUCAGGUUCGGCAUCGUGGAGGAGAGAAACAGACGAAUAUAUUCACACAAAACUCCCCAGAAAAACAAAGAGAUACACAACCAUUAACUGCUAUGGUUCUGUGGGGAAAAUGAUGCUGCUGGAAAUUACACAAGCACAUGAUUUCUAAUGUUUUGUACUUAUUUCUCUCAACAGAAGAUCUGUCGUAUGAGUUUGGCUUCAAACAGCAGACUUCUAGGUUUGGUUUUGUCAUAUUUGGCAGAAAAGGGUUUUCUUUUCUUUUCCAGAACUCGAGUUGUAAUCAAGAAUAGCUCCGAGCUGUCAGCCAUUGUGCCCUUAAACUUGUUUGACGAUAUUUUGUUUAAGCAGCCUUGUCGUCGUCGGAAGUGUCGCGUUCAGGUCCGACCUUUGAACGGGAGUUUGAAAAAGUCAAAUAAAAUCAAACGGGAGGAACAAGUUGCGACUUUGGAGGAGUAUUUUUUAGGAAAAUAAAUUCAGCGUCUCGACUAUUUUUAGUAAAUUGCAUGUUUUUUUUAAGAACAUAAAGCUGUCAGGUGAGAUCUUCCGACACCAGGGGGAGCUCUUCUGAUGAGAGCCCCUUGCCUUCAAUCAGAAGAAGAGUUUAAACAUUUGUGGGUCGACAUAAUGUUGUCGGAGUCGAGGCGAGUUUCUAAACACUGCCAUUUUCAGGGAGGUGACUUGUGUGGAGAGCCUCCCUUCAUGCACACUCCCACUGGUUAGUGGUCGUAGCUUCAGUUUAUUGGGAACAAUGUCUUCGGCUGCAGCGGUGCCCUGAAUCGCAGUCUUUGCUUUACGUUGCCUUCUCACAGUGACAAUAGAGCUAGCCAUGUUGUACUGCCAAUUUGAACCUUUAUGUGGUUGCUGUUUUUGCACUGGAUGUCUUUAAACUCGCUCGUCGGCUUCUUUAGGAGACCGUUGCUUUGUGUCAGGACACCUGCAGGGGGAGCCAGAGAUCCUCAUCGACGGCAGAUUUUCAUGGAGCACAGAAAGUAUCAGGUGUAGAAAUCCAAAAGUAGUCAGGAAAGUCCGUUCCCUCAGUUCAGUGGACCAUAACACAAGGAUUUGCCAGAUGGUAAUGGGUUGAUUUAACAGGGAAACUAAAGUCAACACAACACCGAAUGUGAAACGAGGGCCGAAGACCCUCUACGAAGAUGUAAUAACAUGUAACUUGAAUAGUAUUUUAUUUUGUGAUUUUCUAGUAGAUAUUUAUUUAUUCAUAUGAAUUGAAAAGGGAAAUGUAGAAAUGUUCAGUUCUUUAUUUUUGGGAUAAAUUAAAUCCCAGGUUUUUGCGCUCUGUUGACGGUCCCUAAGCAUUUGUCUCACACCAUCGAUACCUAAAUUAUUAACGAUAGGCAUAACACAAAGGUUGAAGCUGAAAAACCAAGCGCCGCCUAGUGGCUGGCUGCGGCAAAAGCUUUAAGCCCCGCCCACUCCAUGUGAAUGAAUGGGAAAUGUUCCCGGUUUAAAAAAUAAAACUGCUUCUCGUUAUUUUUCCAGCUGGUGACUCUUCGUGGACUUCUAUAACUUCCUGUUGCACAUUCAGAUAUUAGUUUUUCCACAAUUAAUUAUGAUUAGUCGGUCGACGCUUACGAAAAGCACCGUGAUUGUGUCGGCGGGACUUUCAACCACACUUCCUAAGUGGUGAAGGCACUUGUUGCAUCUUUAUUUACAUCCAUGAUCAACACUUGAGGUGACUAAAAACUCAUAAUGGAGCGGAAAACUAGUCCAGCUUUCCAAACACGGAUUUGUUGCUUCUCCAAGUCUGCCCACAUGGUUUCCUAAUCCAAGAGAGCGAGUUGCAAAUCCACGUGCACGGGUCACUAACCUGACGAAACAGAUUUUCAUCAACGUGUCGUUUUACCCCUACAUCUGGUCUUGUCUUGGCUCCAUAUGUUUCAGGCCAACAGCAUCCGUUUUGUUUCCUUGUUGGCGCGCGACUCGCCCCGGAGAGCAGGGAAUAACCGUAAAAGUUAAUGGUCUGCGCAGUCCAUCCUGUCCUUUACUACGGGUCCAAUCAGGAGUGGAAUAAUCCAUACAAUCCAUCAAGUCUCGUAUCUUGGAGGAACCUCUUGCAUAUACUCGAUGCUUAUACUUCAGGAGGACUUUCUAAAUGUUUUCAAUGUUAUUGUGUAGUUGAUAGCACUAUUAUGAAAAAGCUACUUGUCAUUCCAUAGGCGUCUCCGAGGACUGCUUCGUGUAUCACUGUGACUGCCGUGUGUGCUUAGAGGUGUAGACUUAUCAGUAGCUAACGAGUUUGUUCUGUAGUGAUGUCGUAGCGUUUAAUGCCAUCCCCCUCCCCCCUCCUUCUACACGCAGCAAGAGAGAGAGAGAGGAAGAGCGCGCCGUCGCUUGACGUCACGCGUUUUGUUUUUAUCCGAGCGGGUCGCUUCACACAGACUUUUGUUGAGCACUGUGCAAUACUUGUAUGUUCAUCCCCAUGGUGUUAACGUGGGAGGCGUGACCCGGAAACAGACCGGAGGGUGAUGUUAGGACACAGCACACCGUAGACUCGGCUUAUAUAGGUUGGCGCUCGGUCGCCUCGGUUUCGGGUGCCCUCCCUUUUUGUUUUCUCCUCUUGCACACAGUUCCAGCAUCAGACGUUUCAGGGAGUCGUAGUUCAAUACCAAACAGGAGGAAAGUCCCCUUUAGACUGUAAAUAUUCACACCGUGUGAAAAAUGUAUAUCAGGAAUAAAUAUAGUGACAUAAAUAGAACUAAUCAGUAAAUAUCUUUCAUCCACAAGUUAAAUCAUCUUUUUUUUUUCCUUGUUUUGAUUCAAAAACCCUUUUAUAUUUGAGAUAAAACUCUGAAUGUACAGUACGAACCGUGUUGGUGUGCGUUUCUUUAACCGUGAGAUUAUUAGAUGUACUUUGCACUUUUUGUUGUUUGGAAAAAGAACUAUACGUAGUAAUUUUGUUCACGUGUUUUCAACGAUUCGUUCACGGCCCCUUUGAGGGGCCCUCUGUUCAAUUCCUAAACCAUCAUACGAGCUGCGUCCUUCCUCCACCUGAGAAGGUUUUUAAUCCACACGUUUCACACGCUUCAAGUCCAGAACCGCUUCAGAUUCAAACGACGGAUCAAAAUAAGGUACUUACUCUCCGUUCAAACAGAAAUACACCAGAGUGUUUCAGGGAAUUCAGUAAUGGGCGGCGUUGCAGAGCCCAUCAGAUCAUGGGGGUGAGAAACUACAAAAUAAAAGCCAUUACGUUCACUGCAACGCCGGCCACGCUCCUGCUAUAUUACGGUUUCCUACCAAAGUGUGCAUGCAUAAUCAAACCCUCCCAGUCCUCCUCUUGUAAACAAACUGAUCAAGCUCUCUGUGUGACAAGAUUCUGUCCAACGAAAAGCCACUUUCAAAAAGCAAAGCUGUGUAAAGUAUUAGAAUCUGAUGCUGUAGAAAGAUCCUAGUUGCCUUCGUGUAUAUCAACUGCCUGCUUGAGUAUUUUGUGUGUGGAAGUUUUCUCUGUAAUCUCGUGGAACUGUUUGGGGUGUAUUUUCCUGCCAUAUCGCCCGCAACCACAGCGGGCCGCUGACAGUUAUCUUUGCUGUGUAUACCUUCAUUUUUGAUGAGGUGUUUUACGGUUUCGUUCACUUUGUGUAGUGAUUCACUCUGUGGUUUUCUGACUGUUGUUAUAUAACUUCAUAUACACAAAUGAUCAAUAAAAAUGUUUUAUUGUUGAUACA